AUGGUCUCGCUGUCGUGCGACGACUCUUUUGGUCCAUAUGCUGGUGGCUGUAGAGGCGGUUUCGACUUUACCCUGCUUUUUGAAGAGUCAAUCCUCACUAUACCCAUCACCGCUUUGGUGCUUCUCGCUGCCCCAUGUCGAGUUCUGUAUCUCUUGCACAAGAACAAGGUCAAGGUAGAAAAUAGCCGCUGGCUGUACUCAGCGCAGAUCAGCUUUCUCAUCUCGUGGACUCGCUCUUCUGCAGUCACCACCAGAGCUUCUCUCGCGACUGCUGCCUUAUCCUUUGUCGCAUCAAUUGGCAUCUUAUGUCUAUCAUACAUCGAGCACGUCUAUUCGUACCGACCGUCGACAGUGCUCAUACUCUUCCUGCUCUUCUCUGCUCUUUUCGACGCUGCGCAAACACGGACACUAUGGCUCCAGGGUUACAAUCGGCCCGCCGCAAUCACCGCGCUCAUAGCGACUGUGAUCAAGAUUCUCAUGCUCGCUGUCGAGGCAAUCGAGAAGCGUCGUUUCUUGCGGCCCCAGUACCGUGCCUUGCCCCCCGAGGUCACUGGUAGUGUCUUGUCGCACUGGUUCUUCUCUUGGCAAAUACCGAUGUUUCGCUCUGGCUAUUCUAAGCACCUAGAGAUUGAGGCGCUGUUUCCCCUGGAGAAACAUUUCAAGUCUUCGUAUCUUCAGAAACUUUUGCAGACAGCGUGGGCUAGAGCAUCUCGGAAAGGAAACCAUGCUCUGAUGCUUACGGUCCUGAGGACCUUGAAGUGGCCUACCCUGUCCAUCAUCUUUCCACGUUUGUGCUUCAUCGGCUUCACCUUUUGCCAACCAUUCCUCAUCUCUGCUACCCUCGCAUGGGCAGAGAACGACAGCGACUCUGACGACAUGAACCAAGGAUAUGGUCUAAUAGGCGCAUGGUUUCUUGUCUUCAUGGGUCUAGCAGUGACGAGCGGCCAGUAUCAACACCUGACGUAUCGCGCCAUCACCAUGGCACGCGGUCAGCUCGUCUCGGUCUUGUUCGACAAGGCCACAGAUAUCAGUAUUGCUGCUGCUGACCCUAGCGCAGCCCUGACUCUGAUGAGUGCCGACAUUGAGAGGAUCGACACGGGCUGGCGCACUGCGCAUGACGUUUGGGCCAACUUGGUUGAGAUUGUUAUCGCAGUCUACUUGUUGGGACGCCAGCUCGGCAUUGCGUGUUUAAUUCCCGUCGGAGCAGCAAUCUUCUCCAUCAUCGGGUCUGUUAUCGCCGUCAGUUUUGUCAUGGCUCGUCAAGCCGCAUGGUUAGAAGCCAUCGAAAAGAGGAUAUCCGUCACCUCGCAGAUGCUGGGCAGCAUGAAGGGCGUCAAGAUGUGUGGACUAACCGACGUCCUUAGCACUCGUAUCCACGCCCUGCGAAACGACGAGUUGCGCAUUUCCGGCAAAUUCCGUAGGUUGUUGAUCUGGAACAUGGUAUUGGCAUACCUCGCUCCUAUCUUUGCCCCAGUCCUGACCUUUGCAACAUACAGUCUUGUCGCCCAGUCACGGGGAGGAGACAACAACCUGGACAUAAACCGCAUGUUUACAUCUUUAUCACUGUUUGCACUGCUCAACGAGCCCAUUUCCUCGUUUGUUACGUCGUUGUCCUCUUUGAUGGGGUCUGUCGGGAGCUUUGCGCGUAUACAGGCUUUCCUCAACACAGACAUUCGCGUCGAUAGCAGAAUCAUCUCUCAUGAUAAUACGAGCGAAGGGUCAUCGACCUCAGUUUCUCUACGCAGCGAGCAGGAGAAACACUCGGUAUUGUCCGAGAAAGAGCCUAACACUACCCAGAGAGGCCCAUUCCUGAUCGAUUCUCUGGACGGCAACUGUAUCGUCGUCAAGACAGGUGCCUUUGGAUAUGAUCCUACUCAGAAACCCAUCCUCAGUGAUAUCACCGCUCAGGUACCACUAGGCAACCUUACCCUUGUCGUGGGGCCAGUGGGCAGCGGCAAGUCAACUCUUCUCAGAGCAUUCCUCGGAGAAGUGGCAGUCAUGGCCGGAUCUAUCCAAGUGAUGAAUUCGGAAAUCGCCUACUGCGACCAAACUCCCUGGCACAUGAACGGCACUGUGCGAGAUAGCAUCAUCGCUUUCUCGCAUGUCGACGAACGUUGGUACCAAAAGGUCUUACAGGCUUGCUCUCUGACAGAAGAUCUCGGCCAACUGCCCAACGGCGAUCUCAGUAAGAUCGGGAGCAAGGGGAUCGUUCUCAGCGGAGGUCAGAGCCAGCGAGUCAGCUUGGCAAGAGCCAUCUACGCACAAAAGAGAAUCAUCAUCCUGGAUGAUGUCUUCAGUGGAUUGGAUAUGCACACUGAGAAUGCUGUCUUCCACAGCCUACUCGGCACUGAUGGCCUCCUACGACAGUCGAAUACAACCGUCAUCAUGGCGACUUCUCGUGCAAAUCGACUUUCCUACGCGGACCAUAUCAUCAGCCUCGAUGGUACUGGUACAGGCUGCGUACAGGGAAGCUUUGAUAAUCUAAGCAAAGCAGACAACUACGUGUCCCGCUCGGCUGUAGCGUCUGCGAACUGGACAUACAGCAAAGAAACCUCUGUUUCUUCUUCUACAGAACCUUCGGCUGAUGCGUUGCUGGAUGCAGAGGUACUCCUCUCGGAAGAAGCCAAGGAUGACGCUGGUCGUCGCACUGGUGACAUGGCAAUAUACCUCUACUACAUCCGCGCCAUCGGCUGGAUCCCAAGCUUGAUCUUUGUCUUUGCCAUCUGUGCCUUUAUUGUCUGCCAAUCCUUCCCCACAAUCUGGCUCAACUGGUGGGCAGCCGCCAACGCGAAAGACCCUUUUGCACGUCUGGGCUAUUACCUGGGCAUCUACGCGAUGCUAGGUGGGCUCGCGAUCAUCUUUCUAGUCCUCAGCACCUGGCAGAUGAUUGUCACCAUGGUGCCAUUGUCGGGCAAUAGCUUCCACCAGAGUCUUCUCAAGACGGUACUCAACGCGCCCAUGUCCUUCUUUGCCACUACAGAUGCUGGUGUCACUAUCAACCGCUUCAGCCAGGAUCUUCAGCUCGUCGACAUGGACCUGCCACUGUCAGCGCUGAACACAUUUGCCACAUUUGUGUUGUGCAUCGCUGAGAUGGUUCUGAUCUCUGUAGGUUCGUACUACACAGCCAUCGCGUUUCCAUUUCUGUUCGUCGCGUUGUGGGUGGUUCAGCAUACAUAUCUUCGGACAUCUCGCCAGCUCAGAUUCAUGGAUCUCGAGGCGAAGAGCCCGCUGUAUGCUCUUUUCACAGAAUCCGUCGCAGGACUGGCGACACUACGUGCAUUUGGCUGGCGUGACGCACUGGAGAAGAAGCAUCAUGAACUUCUGGAUCGGUCACAGAGGCCGUUCUAUCUUCUCUACGCAGCUCAGAGAUGGCUGACUCUUGUCCUCGACCUGUUUGUCACAGUCAUUGCUGUGCUUGUCGUGGUUCUUGUCACACAGCUGAGAGGUGUACUCCCAACUGGGUUGAUCGGCGUGGCCCUUGUCAACAUUAUCCAGUUCAGUCAGCACCUGAAGCUGCUGAUGACAUUCUGGACGACCCUGGAAACGCAUAUCGGUGCAAUUUCUAGGAUUAAAUCGUUCACAUCUGAUACUGUGUCAGAGCACGAGCCGCAGGAAACGGAACAGCCGCCGUCUAUAUGGCCGUCCAAAGGCCAGAUAGUCUUCGACAAUGUUUCGGCCGGAUACACGCCAUCUGAAAACGUCUUGAAAGGUGUAUCAGUAUCGAUCGAGGCAGGUCAGAAAAUCGGCAUUUGCGGACGAACCGGAAGCGGCAAGAGUUCCAUGGUAUCUUGUCUCUUCCGUAUGGUGGACCUCCACCAUGGUAAAAUCCUCGUAGACGGGCUCGACAUCAGCACGCUUCCCCGCGAAGAAGUUCGCACUCGACUAGUUGGCGUGCCUCAAGAUGCAUUCCUCAUUGAAGGAAGCAGCGUGAGGCUGAAUGCUGACCCUGCUCAAGGGCUCUCAGAUGCUGCCAUUGAAGACGCCAUGAGGGCUGUUGAGCUCUGGGACAUUGUAGCUGAGAAAGGCGGCCUUGAUGCGCCCAUUGAAGCGCUUCACCUUUCCCAUGGCCAGAAGCAGCUCUUCUGCAUCGCACGCGCUAUUCUGCGCCCUUCGCCCAUUGUAGUUCUGGAUGAAGCUACCAGCAGCGUUGACUCGCAUGUUGAUGAGCUUGUGCAGCGUGUUAUACGCGAGCGGUUUGAGAAUCGCACAGUGAUUGCAAUCGUGCACAAGCUCCAGUCAGCCCUCGAGGACUUUGACAUGGUAGCUGUGCUUGAUAAGGGUGAACUCCUAGAGUUUGGACCUCCACGACAGCUUCUGGAACAGGGGUCUGAAAAUUCUGCAUUUGCUACUCUUUACGCGAGCCUAGGUACGGGAGACGAGGAAGCACCAUAG